GGGGGUAUGUUUCCUGCACAAAGUCGUUGUGAUUUGAAUUAAAUAAUGUCUUCUCUCUCUCUUUUUUUUUUUUUUGAACCCUUCUUGAAAUGAUGACUUGCUAUAGGCCACCUGCUGAUUAAAUGUGAGUGAGUGAGUUCCCUGGUAAUCGUUGGGAGAACAGCGGCGUGUUCCCAUAGAUACUUCCCAACAGAUGAGCUCUCAUGACACUCGUGGGAGAAACAAACACGUUUGGUUCCUCGCCAUCACCUGCUGUGUGGCGGAGUAAAGGACGCGGAUGCAGCAGCAGCAGCAGCAGACUGGGAUUGUGCAGCGUGCAUGGAUAGUUGACAUCUCUAACCGGGAUCGCAUGUGGUCUUAUUUCUGUCCAUCCUUCACCUGCAGCUCCGUGUGGACACUUUUCUGUCCAGCGCUCAGCUCCACUUUAUAACGGUUUGGCCAGCAUGGAACAGCCUUAAUGUCAUAAUAAUAAUAAUAAUAAUAAUAAUAAUAAUAAUAAUGGCCUGUAACCUUUUCUCUCGCUGCUGGGAUCAACCUGUUGCAAGUUCAUACUAAAGAUAUAUCUCUUCGCCGCGCGCCAGCUCGCUUUUACGCACGAAGAUGGGCUCGGAGAAGCCAAACUUCCUGUCGCAGCCGGUGGUGAAGAACGUUUUCAUGUACCGCAAUGGCGACCCUUACUACGACGCUCGUCGCAUCGUGAUAAACCAAAAGAGAGUGUCCAACUUUGAGACUCUGCUGAGAGAGGUGACCGGCGGCAUACAAGCGCCGUUUGGAGCGGUGAGGAACAUUUACACACCGAGAGGCGGACACAAGGUGGACUGUUUGGAGAGCCUGCAGGGCGGGGAGCAGUAUGUCGCUGCCGGGAGAGAGAGGUUUAAAAAGCUGGAUUACCUACACAUUGGCUCCAGAAAGAGACGGUUGCUGCAGACUCUUCCAAUGCAGGCCAAGCCACUGCCACAGAAUAGAGUCAUUGCGUCGGCUCGAUUCCUAAAGCCCAUCAAGGAGCCAUGUACAAUAUUCGUGGUAGCAAAUGGCGACGUGUUGAACCCAGCAGUGAGGCAGUUGAUUCACCAGAGGAUGCUGGGCCAGUUUGACAAAAUAUUGGAGAUGAUCACAGAGAGGAUGGGUCUCAAAGUACUGGGGGGUGUUCGAAGUCUAUACACCUACGAAGGCCAGCAGGUGACCGAUGGGCAUCAGCUGGAGAGUGGUCAGCUUUACGUGGCUGUGGGCAGAGAGAAGUUUAAGAAACUGUCCUACAGCGAUCUCCUCUUCCCCAAACCAAGAGGCACACGGAGGGUCAACGGAAUGAAAGCAAACUCUCUUCCACCAAUCUACAGAUUCUCCAAGCAAAAUGGCAAUGGUAAGUCCACAGUGCCAUCCAGUGAUAGUGGAGGUGGAGACUCUAAGGCCUCGCUUCAAGGUCACACCAGGAACAGCAAGGAACAACACUUGUCCUCCAUCGUCAGAGAAAUCUCUCAGGCCAGGCUGAUGUCUCUCAGGAAGAAGAGGAGCGGACAAAGCAUGACACUCACCAUCUCGGACAAUGACGACCAGGAUUUAAAGGGCGAUGACGGAAACACGGAUGACAAAACCCCUCAAGACCAGUCAGCUGAACCUGCAGAGGAAGGCGUAAAAACUGAAGACGAGAAAGAUGAGAAAGCAGGGGAGCAGGAGGAAACUGCGGCUGAAAACACCAACAAAGAAGAAGAAGAGGAGGAGGAAAACCAGGAGACAAACGGUGACAAAGAGGAUGGGGAAGAGAAAAAGGAAAGUGAAACCGCAAAUGAGGAGAAAGAGAGUGAAGUCACAGAGAAUAAGGAAAAUAAAGAGCAAAGCAAUGAGAAAGAGGAAGAAGUAACGGAGAAGAUGGAAGAGAAAGAGGCAAAUAAAGAUAAAGAGGGUGAAGAAACGGCAGGACCAGAGGAGAAAGAUGAGGAGAUAAAAGAAGUGAAGGAGGUCACGGAUGAGAAUAAGGAAGGGGUUAAGAGUGAGGAGCAAGGGUCCAGCAGUAGCACCAAUGAUAAGAGCCAGGACAGUAUAGAGAAAGAGGAUGGAAGCCAUACAUCUUCUGAGGGUGAAAAGGACGAGCAGGUUACAAACUCAGACGAGGAGAAGCGAGAUAAAGACGGUGAAAAGGGGGAGAAAAGUCGUAAGGACCAAAAUAAUGAUGUAGACACGGGGGAGGAACAGACCAAGACAGAAAACGGCAGUGACCCAGGCAAGACUCAGCCAGAUAACGAGACAAAAGACAACGGUAAUGACAGAAGUAACAGUAGCAACAGUAACCAGGAGAAAGACGGGAGGAAAACAAAGGAGGGAGCGACCAAAGAGUCAGGGGAAGAGGAGCGGAAGGAGAAUGGAGAGGUUGGUGGAGAAGAUGAUGAGGUGGAAAGUGAAGCAGAGCCUGACAUGGAGGGGAAAAAAUCCACAGAACUCAAAGAUACGGCAACAAAUGGAGAAAAAGGUGAGGGUGGUGGUGAAGAGAAUGGAGAUAGCAGGAAAAGGAAAGAUUAGAGGGGAAAAAACUUGUGUGUGAUUGGAUGAGCAGUGAUGAAAAUGGGAAGACAUUUUUAGAAAGUUUUACAUUAUGAUUUCAAAUUAAAGCAGGUAGUAAAGCACAUUUGUCAGAGAUACUCACUAUAUGGCCUUUGGAAGUUUGUCCUCAUAAGAAAACAAUUUCACAGUGAUGAGCAAAUGAUAUACAAAUAAAACUAUAAGAACUUUAUUUCAGAAGCUAUUCUUUAAAAUAUUAUCCACACCUAACAGACACAAAAGUGAUGCUUAUUUUUAUUUUACAUUAGGACAUGAUGUCAAAUUUUAAUUCCAUAUUUAAGACUCUAGUGGGGUGAUGCAGAGAAAAUUAAA